GUUAUAGACACCUGAGCAGAAGCAAAGGGCAAAGGCCAAGGCGAGGCACCAACCCCGAGAAUCCAUGGCGCUCUCGAGCACGGCGGAGGAGAAGAAGACGGCGGCGGAGAUCGUCGCCGCGCUGGAUCUGCAGCGCCACCCCGACGGCGGAUUCUACCUGGAGACCUUCCGCGACCCCUCCAUUUCCCUCCCCAAGUCCACCCUCCCGCCCUGCUAUAAGGUGGACCGUGCUGUGAGCAGCUCCAUCUAUUUCCUGCUGCCUGCUGGGGAAAUUGCUCGGCUGCACCGCAUCCCUUGUGCUGAAACCUGGCACUACUACAUGGGAGAAUCUCUCACGGUGUUUGAGGUGCACGAUGAUGGGCAAAUCAAGAUGACAGUUGUUGGUCCUGAUCUACGACAUGGGCAGAAACCACAAUAUACGGUCCCUCCAAAUGUGUGGUUCGGUGCCUUCUUGACCUGUGAUAUUGAGUCCUUCACGGAAGAUGGAAGUGUAUUUGUCAAGACUCCUGGAAGAGACCCUGCGCUGCAUUAUUCGUUUGUUGGUGUAACCUGUGCUCCAGCAUUCCAGUUUGAGGACAAUGAACUGGCAACGCGUGAGGACAUAAAAGCUUUGGCUCCUAAGGCUGAAACUUUCAUCAAUUACCUUGCACCAUCUUAGACAGCCUUGCCAGUGCAAUUUGCUCUACUGAAAAUCACUGUAUGAUAUGAAAUACUUUUAUGACUCGCAAAAACAAGUUAGGACGGAAGUCUAUGUUUGUCUGGAAAAUUUCAUUUGCUGAGAAGCCUGGCAGGUGCAUGAAACAUCAUAGUUUGAUGAGCUCUGCCCAUCAUAUAUUCCAGAUUUCAUCUGUAUUGAGUUACAGUUCCCAUUUCAUCGGAACAAAAUUAUCCAUUGAUAAUCUUCACUGCU